CAUUGCACAUUAUAUUGUUACCCCCUCCUACCAGUGUGUUUUUACGUGUAUGUGUGGCUCUGAGUGUUUGUGCGCACCCUUCUGUGUUGAGAUAGCCUAUGUGGUAGAAAUACAUGGAAAUCCAUGGGAACACUCUCACAGCAUUCUAAUGGGUUGCGAGGAAAAUCGACUCUUGCAGACAUCAUUUCUCUUCAUCCCCUCAGCGCGUGAAAGGUUCCAGUUUCACAUAGCUUAGCGUUUAUUUUUUUUUCCUUUGCCUCUUUUUUAGAUAAAUAGAAAAGAACACCUCUAGUUUCCUUAAAAAAAAAUGACCAUGCAUUCUUUUAACGCACCAAACCCGUAGUUUAAAACUGUAUAUUUAGUCGUAAUGUGGUCGUUUCUUUCAUGUUGGUAAGUGAAUCGGACGGUGUCACCAUUUGAACACUGUCUUCUACUUUCAAGGAAGACCAAAGGAACAUGCUAGGGUAUUCAGUCGGGAGAUCACGGCUGGAAGACGGUUGGGAUUCCCGAUAUGCAUCUUGGACAUUUAUUAGGUUGUUGUGAACCAUACAUCUUGGAUUUUUGACGGUCUGACAACAUUUUUCGUUUUUGUUAAGUUUUAUUUCUGUCGUUUUCUUUUUUUUUCAUUCUCUCUCAGAAAUAAGUAAGAUUUGCUGCUCGAACGUCUGGAUGAGAUAUCGCAGCUGUAUUUUUCUCCCCGGUGUACAUGUUUCCUUUAGACAAUUCGCUUCACCAAGGGAGACUUACAAUCUACUCGAUCAGCUGGAAUAAAGGGGUUAUGAACAUUUCUGGUCAUUACAUUUUCAGUAAAUUGACUUCUCAGUGACCGAUGUCUACAGUCGACAAUAGGUUCUAGAUUGUACAGCAAUCCCCACGCAGGAGCCGCGUUGGAGUUAUGAUUCUUAUGGAGGUUUGGACUGGGAGAUUACAACAGCCAACAUAAGAGCGACACGGCUGGUUUCUUUGGUCUACUUUUCAGUUUUCGACGUGCGUUUAUCUUUCACCUUCUGAAGAUAAUUACCAGCGUCGGUUUUAAUCAAAAUGUCUCAUCUCCUGGUGUUGGUCCAUGGGAUCUGGGAUUUGCAUGGACAUCCUUAGACUGGAAGAGGAUUGCAACAUCUGGGAACAACAACGAUUUUAAACAUACCUCUUUUGUAAAUACAUCCUGCAUAUAUGUAUCUAUAGAUACUGACAGAUAGCAAAUCUAUCUAUGUAUAUAUAUAUCAGUCCCUUGCCCAGUGCCUCAUUACAAUUAUUGAUUUUUUCAUCCCUCUACCCCCUAUUUCCAUUCUUUUUUUUCUUUUUCUACGUGUACCAUACACGUUUGGAUUACAGAAACUGAAUAGAAAGAUUUGUGGAAAUGCUGGGUCUUCAAGAAGAUAAAUUAUGUGGAAUUAUUUCUGCUCUGGCAGCUUUGUCCUUUGUCUGCUUCGCACAAAGGUCUCCCCCUGCGCCUACCAGUACCUCUACUGAAAAGUCUGGAAUAUCUGUGGCAAAGAAGACAGUGGACAAAUUGCUGAAAGGAUAUGACAUCCGCCUAAGACCAGACUUUGGAGGACCUCCAGUUGUUGUUGGAAUGAGCAUCAAUAUUGCCAGUAUUGACUCAAUCUCAGAAGUCAACAUGGAUUACACCAUCACAAUGUAUUUUCAACAAAGUUGGCGAGAUAAGCGACUUGCCUAUACAGAGAUGGAACUUAACUUGACUUUGGAUAACCGUGUGGCAGACCAACUUUGGCUCCCGGACACCUAUUUCCUCAAUGACAAGAAGUCCUUUCUACAUGGGGUGACAGUAAAGAAUCGUAUGAUACGUCUCCAUCCAGAUGGUACCGUCUUGUAUGGCCUAAGAAUAACAACCACUGCUGCUUGUAUGAUGGACCUGAGGAGAUACCCUCUUGAUGAACAGAACUGUACCUUGGAGAUUGAAAGCUAUGGAUACACUACAGAUGAUAUUGUGUUCUUCUGGCAAGGGGGGGACACCGCCGUCACAGGGGUGGAUAAGUUGGAGCUCCCGCAGUUUUCCAUCAUGGAACUACGGCUGGUAUCCAGAGAGGUGAAGUUCACCACUGGUUCUUAUCCCAGGCUCUCGCUGAGUUUCAGGAUCAAGAGGAACAUUGGCUACUUCAUCCUGCAAACAUACAUGCCAUCAAUUCUGAUCACCAUCCUUUCUUGGGUCUCCUUUUGGAUCAAUUAUGAUGCGUCCGCUGCUCGUGUGGCCCUAGGUGUUACUACGGUGCUCACCAUGACAACCAUCAACACCCACCUGCGGGAGACACUUCCAAAGAUCCCAUAUGUGAAAGCCAUCGAUGUCUACCUCAUGGGCUGCUUUGUCUUUGUAUUCCUGGCACUUCUUGAGUACGCUUUCGUCAAUUACGUCUUUUUUGGCCGGGGUCCUCAGACACAGAAGAAGAUCAAUGAACGCUUCAAUAAAGCCAACAACGAGCGCCCACGCUACGAGGAGAAACGCAUGAGAGAACAGGAUUCUAUUUCAGCACCAUUUCAAACCAACACCCUCAGGUCAUACGCACAGCGGAGAAAUCUCUAUAUUGAGGAGCAAAGAAAAGUUGGGGUUGACGCAUAUGGAAAUAUUCUUCUCACCUCUCUUGAUAUGAACAACGAGGUGAUGCCAUCCGAUCUAGGGAGUAGUGUAGGCGACUCCCGCAACUCUGUCAUGUCAUUUGAGAGUACUGGUGUGCAGUUCCGCAAGCCCAUUGCAUCCAGGGAUGGAUACAGUCCCCAUUCUUUGGAUCGCUCAGCCAUGCGAAGCCGAGCUAAUUGUCGACUACGCAGGCGUUCAUCAAAGCUGAAGCUCAAAAUUCCAAACCUGGCAGAUGUCAGCACGAUCGAUAAGUGGUCCCGGGUAAUAUUCCCCGUCGUCUUUGGAUUAUUCAACCUAGUCUACUGGUUGUACUAUGUGAAUUGAUAUGCAUCCUUCAAGGAAACAUGGGUGAUAUUUUGAGAGCACAUAUAAUUGGGUUUGAUACAAUUGGAAAAAUGUGUAUACACAUAAAACAUUGAUACAUAUGUAUAUGCAUAUUUCUAUAUAUUUCUAUAUAUAUACACACAUUUGUGUGUCAGAAAGACUUGUGUAAAACUAUUAAUAUAACGACUUGAAUGUUUAAGAAUAAUUAUGAAAAAAAAAAAAUUUUGAGUGUUUUUUUUAUUUUUAUUUCUGGGAUAAAACUGAAAAAGAUACAGUCCCUUUCAGGAGCCUGGGAACUUUCGACUGCAUGGUAUUUUUGCUAAAAGAAAAGAAAGAUCUUGAGAAAAAUAUGAAACAAACAAAAAAGGACAUGUUGAAGAGUAAGGCUGGCUUUUAUUAAUAUUCGAAGUAAUCUGCAGUCCUGACUGUGGCUCAUGAAAUCAAAAGAAAAAAAAGAUUUUUUUGCAGAAUCCUUUGCCCCGUUCUUUCAAAAGUAAACUCAGACCUCAAGCCCUCAGCCAAUCCCAUUUCCUAUGGAAAAAGACAUGGAGUUCUACAUCUGUACUCCCCACUCUGUACAGCAAACGUCAUAUGGAUUACAUAUUUGUUUGCUUUGUCUUUAUUUGUUUGUUUGGUAAUUUUUUUCCAAAGAGUUAUAAUUUGGUCAACAAUGUCCUUGCAACUAUUCUAAAAAAAAGCGACAUAGACUAUUGAAUACAUCUGGUAACGCUAAGCCGGUUGAUGAAAGGUUUCCUUAAUUUUACCUUUAUUUUUUUUCUUCAUAUUUUAUUUUUGAGUUUUUAAAUUUUCAUGGACCAGUGCCUCUGGCUGUGUUUGAGUACGUUUCCAUGAACCAUUAAUUUCUGUGCUUAGAAAACAGUGUCAUGGAAACCUUCAGUAGCAUUAAUGAGACCUUAAACAUUCGAUUCAUUUAACCGAUUUGUUACAAAACCAUACAUAGCUAGGUUUUUUGUGUCAGUAUCCUUUUUGGUAUCAUGGUUGGCACACGUAUUGCCGUACACUGUACUGGAUCCUGAAACUAUCGACCCGACGCAGUAUCGCCUGUAAUAGUAUUUGUCUGUUUUUUUAUUUACCUGAUUUGAAAGUUCAGGGAAGUGUACUUGGUAUUUCGGACGACAGUGGAAGAAAGAUUUUCUUGGACCUUUGGCCAGAAAUUCCGUAAUCAACACGAAAAAGGUGUAUUAAAAAAAAAAUUGCAGUUCAAAACAGGGAAUAUAAAUGCUGUUUUUAUGUGACACUCUUAACAUACUUUCAUACCUUAAGAAUGUUAAGUGGUGUUAUAGUCCCUGUUAAAUGUGCCUGAAACUGAAAUUUAAGAGAGGUGUCCUUACUUUGUCUUUCAGUAGGUUUAGAAAGAGGUAGUGGUAGGUCACUUAACUUUGCCCGCUGACACCCUCUCACACACAAGAAUCAACAAUACACCCAUCCCCCCUGAUGUCACAACUCUGUGGAUAGUGUCCCAAAAAAGUGACAGCAGAAUAAUCAGGAAGCUAGAUUUUACCUGGCAACAGAAAGCAUACAAUAAAAGCCAUGAACUAAGUACCAAAAAGCCUACAAUACAUGUUUGAUGUGGUGCCUGUUGUGUUGUAUUUUUGUUCUCAGCCUCAACCGUACUUUGUGACUCACCAAUAAUUGGCACCUGACCACUUUUAUCUUCAUUCCAUCUGACUGCUGCUGUUUCAUGAAAGAGAUAAUCUCAGCAUCUAUGACAGCCCCCAUCUGAGCGGCUCUUCUUUUCUUCUCCUUGUAGCCUGCUUCAUAGAGCAGUGCCAUGAGAGAACUAGCUUAGAAUAUCUGGGCGGAAAACACGAGAUUGUUAGCCACUGAAAGAAAGAAAGCAGGGACUUUCAGAGGAACAAGGUAUGGAGCUCUUGAGCAAAGCUAUAUUCCCGCCAAUCCAAGUGCCAAGCUAAUCUCAGGUCUCACUCCGCUAGUCUCACGUGUUUUAAUGGCCCCUUGGGCUCAGCAUUGCUACACCCAUGUGCUAACCUAAUGCUUUUUUCGGUAUUUCAUCUGUCUUAAGUUUUAGUCUCUGUCAGCUGUGGAUUUUACACAAUCGAAAAGAGUCAAGAGAAGGAUCAGUGUAUCAGCAACUUUAGAGUGCUCAUUGUUACUAGCAUUGUAGAAAGAAAACUAACAUGAACUGAAGUUAUUACUUUUUAGUUAUUACUUUUUAGUUAUUACGUUUCACAUCCUUGACGAAAGAUAUCAAGAUGAAAAACGAGGGGCCUCAUUAGGGAAUUGGUGCAGAACCUUCAUCAAAUCGUUAUAUACAGUAUGUUUCUGAUUCUGAUUCUGAUCAAAUCAUUAUAUACAGUAUGUUUCUGCAUUUCCAUGUGUGGGAGAUUUUUAUCUGAUUUAUCAAGCAUUGUAUGCUUCUUUCUAAGCUUCUUUCUAAUGGAUAAAUCAGUAUGGAACUGUGUAAACGAGCGUGGCUGGUGUCCACUCUCUUGGUCAUAUAAAUGAAUACCCUUCAUAUAUACAUGGCCUCCUCCACCCAUGUAGCAGAAUACUGACGACUGUGGUAUUGAAAUAAUGAACAGGAGAGAUGUGCAACCUCUAGUAGAGACUGAAUGCACGUAUGACUUAGAUAGUUGUGUCCUCCAACUGACACAACGUCCUGUCGAAGAUUGAGCUGACCAAUACACUUGUAAUUAAUUACACCUGUAGGGACUUAAUAGACAUACAAGCUUUUAUUGAAAUCGGACAUACUGUGACAUUUGGAACACGUGUGUGCAGCAAAAAUUUGCCUAGCGAUCUUUCCUCACCACUCUGUGUUUCCAAAACCGCCUAACACACUGCUUUUAACAGCCGCAGAGUGUAUGUAGAGGUGGUGUGCACCUUAUUUCAAGUGAAUUACAUAAAGGAAAUCAGAGAGAUGGUUGUACUAAAAAAAGUGAAUGUUGUAGUGUUAAGGACCUUUUAUACUUGAUGAGACCCACAAAAAUUACAUUUCAGUGUUGUCAUUGGUAUUAAUGUACUUUUGUCGAGUUGAAGGUUAUUUGGUACAAAGUUUUGAAAACACCUGCAAGCAGCCUUGCUGAUAAGAUCAGGGUACCAUAACUGUGUAAACAUAACCAUGCAUAGCCUGGUCAUUUGACACAACAAAGGAAGAUAUGUAUUUACUUACAUAAAAUGUGUUUUUACAAAUUUGGCUGCUGAACCAAAUCAAAGAAACCACUGUUUUGGUGUUCACCGUACAUUCACUGUAAGGUGUUCACAAUUUGGGUGUUCACCUGGGUAAGCUGUUGCUACACAACAACCAAUUGUCUUGGUUUAUUGAUCCCAAGAGCUGCCACUGUCUCCUAGACAACUUGAAUUUGACAGGAGUUUUGUGAGGAGAAGGUAACCCCAGUGAGCCCUCUCAUUGACAAAAUAAACAGUCUUUCAGACAGUAAUAUGAAACAGCAGUGCAUGUAGAAUCAGACUGAUGCUGUAUGGGAAACGCCACACUUUCCAAUGGUUAGAACAAUGUAUUUCUAUAUGCUGUAUUGUGCUGAAUGCACAAGUUGCAUUUUCAACUUAGACUGUGAGACCUCUUUGGAGUAAGAAUGCAGGAAUGUCUUCAGGAACAUUGGAAUAGAAGGGUUCUAUUCUGUAAGUUUGGUGUAAUUUCCUACCCAAAAUAUGACGCAGGAAGCCAUGAUGAAGCGUAAUCUAGAUUCUCUUGAAGGAGACCAAAGCAACACCAGUGGACAGGCCAUUACAAAUGAUUUAAGAAUUUAAUUUAGGUGAUAUUUGUGGUAUUUUGGGUUGAAUUGUAAUGAACAAAUGUACUAUAUCUGGUCCAUUUUGUCAGUAUCAUUAAUAUUUCUAUUUAUGUAUGUGAAGAUAGGUGGGUAGAUAUGUAUUGAGUUGUUUAUUUGUUUGUUUUUGCUCUGGGAGGGGCUAAGCAGUGGUCUUCAAUGGGAAUUCAAGCUCGCAGUCAGUAGAACCAUUUCUCUUCUCUGUCCUCUCACAUUUGAAUUUACAUAACUGGGUCAUAUGUCAACACUGUGCAAAAUUAACUACCUGCAUAACUUGUUUCAUGAUGCAAGAGGCUUUGUUUACAUUUAACUGUGUCUCUCCUUGACAGCAUUCAUUUUAUGACGUGGGAGUAGGAAGUGCAAAAUGUGUUGAAUGAUUGAUUUCAAUGUGAAUUUUCUUGCCUUUUGUGUAUAUGUGUAAUUACAUGUGUAUUGUACUGUAAAUAUAUAUCUUUCACUUAUAUUUCUUACUGCAUGAACCAAACAAAACAGUUUGUAAUAGGAGCUAGAUUCACUGAUAAUGGCAUGAACAGCUUUUGCAGCACACCAGAAUCCUUCAGAAAACAAAACCUAUGAAAAAAGGGCGAGUGGCUAAAGUUAAGAUAUCGGUUUUGUUUUGCAUGCCUUCAUGGACAGGUUUCUUUUGAUAUUUUUCUAUCUUGAACUUCUGUAUCACCUGACAUCAGUAUGAAGACAAAAGGAGAAGUUUCCUCUCAAUGUAGGCUACUUUGCAUCACAGACGGACAUAAAAAAAUAAGGCAAGCACUGCAAAACUAUUACAAAAGGAGGCAAUGAAUCCCAUUUUUCAUGGAAAUGACAGACAUGUGUGUAAUUCCUCUGGUUCACCAACCCUUUCGCAAGGUGUAGCAUAGUGAUAACACCAGUUAGCAUAGUGAUAACACCAGUUUUAAUUAAGGCUAUGGGUUCAAAUGUGGGUCAUUAAUAUACUUGUCUUGCAAUGAUAUUGGUAUGUCAGGAUGUAGGUGACUUUUCAUGUGAAAGAAUACAAGUGGAAACCUAUGUCCAAGUGAAGUAGGUGAUUUAUUGUACAAGAAUACAGAAGAAAACAUGUCUCAGUGAAGUAGCUGACUUUCCUUGUAAAAGAAUAAAAAAGGAAACCUAUUUCUCAGUGAGGUUGAGAUCAGUUGCCCCUUCAAGACAGACAAGGGACCUUCACUCUCACUCAGCAAGGAGAGUCAAGCACAUGUAAGGGGAAAAAAUGAACUGAAAAUUCAAUCAUCACUGAGUAUGGUUUUAUUUCACUUCUAGUUGCCUGUAUUUCUUGUAUUAUUUUAGUAAUUGUAACUUCUGUUGUUUUCUCAUCAAAAUGACAUAUUUAUAUUUGCAGUAAAUCAUGCCCUAAAAGUACUAUUUAUCUUUUUUCUACUGUGAAAUUUGUUUUCAUUAGGUUUUUCAUUUGUGCUUGUUAUAUUAUUUUUGAUAUAAUGUGGUUCUGGUUUAAUUUGUCUUUAUGAAUUCACACAUUUGUAAAGUACAAGGUUGUAUUUUUGUCAGUGCCAAUUAAUGUAAGAGUGUCAAUGAGUUUUUCUAUGUGUUUGAGCAAAAUGUUUUUUUUUCUACCAAUACAAAGUGUUAACAUUACGUGGUACAAAAGGUUAUAAUUAAACCAACUGAUUUUUACAAAUAAAGGCUUACAGAGUAAAA